GCCUACUCAAAAUCCGUCGUUGCUGUAUCACUACAUAAGGCCUUGCAUAUCUUUAAUCCUUCGCUGUUGUAUACUUUGCGCGACAUGAGGUAGAGCUCGAUCAUUUUUAGCCACUGAGAUCAACCCACCACCAUGUCUGCACAAGGCCGCCGAACGCACUACCAGCCCCCAUGGGGCAACGCGAACAUUAUUGGUGUAGCAGGUAGUUCGGGGUCUGGUAAGACAUCUCUGGCAAUGGCUAUCGUGGCGUCCAUGAACUUGCCAUGGGUUGUGAUCCUCUCCAUGGACUCAUUCUACAAGCCAUUGACUCCGGAGCAAUCCGCCAUGGCCUUCAGAAAUGAGUAUGACUUCGACGCGCCCGAGGCCAUUGAUUUUGAUAUCUUGGUCGAGCGGCUGCGGGACAUCAAGGCCGGCAAAGUCGCCGAGGUGCCUGUCUAUUCGUUUGCGAAGCACGCCCGCCUCGAACAGACCACCACCAUCUACUCACCGCACGUAGUGAUCCUAGAAGGCAUUUUCGCGCUGCACGACCAGCGCGUCCUGGACAUCCUGGACCUGAAGAUCUUCGCCGAAGCCGACUCAGACCUGUGUCUCUCGCGGCGGCUCGUGCGAGACGUCAAAGAGCGCGGCCGCGACAUUGAAGGCUGCAUCAAGCAGUGGUUCGGCUUCGUCAAGCCCAACUUCUACAAGUACGUUGCGCCGCAGCGCGAGAUAGCCGAUCUAAUUGUGCCGCGCGGCAUCGAGAACAAAGUCGCGAUUUCCAUGGUCGCGGACCAGGUGCGCAAGACGCUCAAGCAGAAAUCCGCGCAGCACCAGAUGGAGCUGCGGCGGCUGGGCCAACUGGCCGAGGACCGCCCGCUGCACGACAAUGCGAAGGUGCUGGAGCAGACCAACCAGGUGCGCGGCAUGCACACGAUGCUCAUGGACCAGAGCACGUCGAAGGAGGACUUUGUGUUCUACUUCGACCGCAUGGUGGCGUUGCUUAUCGAGACCGCGGUCGACUUCAUCCCGUUCUCGCCCACGCAGGUGUACACGCCGCAGAACAAUGUGUACAUGGGGCUCAAGAAAGACGGGGACGUCAGCGCGGUGGUUGUUCUGCGCGGCGGAAGCGCAUUCGAGACGGGUCUGCGACGCACGAUUCCAGACUGCGUGACAGGGCGGGUGUUGAUCCAGACCAACUACCGCACGGGGGAGCCUGAACUGCACUACCGGGCUCUUCCGCAGAACAUUGCGCAGCACAGUCUUGUCCUUGUGUUGGACUCGCAGUUCUCGUCUGGUGCUGCGGCGUUGAUGGCCGUGCAGGUCCUGGUCGAUCACGGCGUUCCGGAAGAGAAGAUAGCGUUUGUCACAUACGCGGCUGGUCGCGUUGGUAUGAACCGUGUGCUGAGCGUAUUCCCUGAGAUCAAGAUAGUUGUAGCAAGGAUAGGUGACGAUAUGGAGAACCGAUGGGUUGAGACGAAGUAUCUAGGAUGUUGAACAUAUUGCAUAUAUAGCAUGAAUCUACGA